UUAUAUAUUGAUCAUGUUCACUGUCCUAAUUAUGGUUCAUUUUAGUAGCAUUAAAAUGGAGCCCUCUACUAUAGCUUUAGAGUUGGUAGAGAAAAAGGAAGGCAGUCACAUGCAGUUAAAUGAAGAUACAGCGCAACACGCCAACAAUGGCAAAGGGGGGUUGCUCAGCUGCUUGCUAAUCCUCGGAACAAGUUUGGGCCUAAGUAUAGCAUCCGGAGCUUGGUAUUCCAACUUAAUCGUGUUUCUAAUCAGUGAGUUUAAUGUGAAGAACAUCCGCGCUGCUCAGAUUAAUAACAUCUUCAGUGGUUUGAUCAAUUUCUUCCCGUUCAUUGCCGCCAUCUUUGCUGAUUGUGCUUUCGGAUCCUUCUUCGUUACACUCAUUUCCUCGAUUAUCUCAUUACUUGGAGUAGUUAUGUUUACCUUCAUAGUAACAAUCAAGUCUCUCAAGCCACCUACAUGUGCUCUUACCUCGGUGUGUGUACCUCCAACAACAAUGCAGUACUCUGUUCUUUACAUAGCUUUAACCCUGGCAUCGCUUGGACUUGGAGGCACACGGUUUAUACUAGCAACUAUGGGAGCAGAUCAAUUGGACAAGCCUAAGCAACAAGCAAGUUUCUUCAAUUGGUUUGUGUGUGUGUUAUAUAUUAGUUGGAUCAUAGGAUACACCCUCUUUAUUUAUAUUCAAACUAGUGUGAGUUGGGCACUUUCAUUUGCCAUAGCCCUUGCUGCAAAUGUGGUUGCUGUUAUCCUAUUCUUGCUCGGAUCACGGAUUUAUCGAAAAUUGCCGCCACAAGGAAGCCCUUUCACUAGCAUAGCAAGGGUUUUCGUUGUAGCUUUUAGAAACAUGAAAGUAGUAAAACCAACUCAUGGAGAAGAUUGUUAUCUUCAUGAAAGCGAAGAUGCAAAAUUGACCUCUGCAGCUCCUACAAAAAGUCUUAGGUUCUUAAAUCGAGCAGCACUAAGAAAGCAAGGUGACAACCAUAUAAUGGACACCACAACAAAAUCAUGGAGCCAAUGCACAGUGGAAGAAGUAGAAGACCUAAAGAAGCUAAUCAAAAUCAUGCCAUUAUGGUCAAGUAGCAUUUUUCUAAGUGGUGCAAUUGGAGUUAUUAUCAGCUUCACUGUGCUCAUGGCACUAGUCAUGGACAGAAGAGUAGGAUCUGAUAUGAACAUCCCAGCAGGAACUUUUACAGUGGUCACCCUAAUAUUUACAGCCCUCACUUCCUCGACACUCGAUCGAAUUAUAUACCCUACAUACAAGAAGAUCACUGGCAAACGACUGACAUACAUACAAGGGAUUGGACUUGGCCAUAUUAGCAACAUUUUUGGCGCGAUAGGCUUUGCUCUGAUUGAGAGAAGACGACUCAAAUUGGUGGAGAUAUACCAUUUGACCGACCAGCCAAAUGCAAUGGCACCAUUGUCUGCAUUAUGGCUAGUAUUUCCAUUAGCAAUAAUGGGUAUUGGAGAAGGAUUCUACUUUUCACCAGAGGUAGCAUUGUAUUAUGAAGAAUUUCCAAAGUCACUAAGAAGUACAUCAACUGCAAUGAUAUCAUUACAUAUUGCGGCUGGUUAUUAUCUUAGUACAGCAUUUAUUGAUUUGGUAGGUCGAACAAGUGCUUGGCUACCAAAUGAUAUAAAUUAUGGUAGGAUUGAUAAUGCUUGUUGGGUUCUUGCAAUUCUGACAACUUUGAACUUUACUUACUUUCUUGUAUGUGCCAUAUUGUAUAAGCCUAAUAACCCCGAUUUGUCAUUAAAUAAUGGUAAUAAUAUUAAUGUCUAGUUGAGAAUUCCGCCUU